GGAACUGCACUAUCUUGACAUCGCUAGGUAUCUUUGGGUCCGUAUAGGGCUGCACAAGGAGAGUCAGCUUGCAUACACGUCCCGGUUUGACAAGUUUGCUUCUUGCAAUCACAUAAUUAAUCAGGAAUUACCCCGAAGAUUCCAACUGGGAGGAUGAGUGCACAAUUUUCACCGAGCUGCGCAACAGCCACGUUUAGAUGUUGCCUUCGUUAGCUAACAAGCUAAUGCUAACGUUGCAGCUUGCCAGGUAGUUAGCAUCGUUAACUGCGAGGCCCAAGCGACACCGGACGACAACAAAAACAACAACAAUGAGGCUUUUAAGGUUUCUCAGGAGCAGCGUGUCCAUCGGGAAGGACAUAGACUAUUAUUCUAAAUUUUCGCCCUCUCCUCUCUCAAUGAAGCAAUUUCUGGAUUUUGGUUCGGAAAACGCUUGUGAGAAAACGUCCUUCAACUUCCUGAGACAGGAGCUGCCAGUGAGGUUGGCAAACAUCAUGAAGGAGAUUAACUUGUUGCCAGACAACCUGCUCAGGACUCCGUCAGUGCGUCUGGUCCAGAGCUGGUAUGUGCAAAGUCUUCAGGAGAUCCUCGAGUUCAAAUCCAAAAAUGCAGAUGACGAGAAAGUGACGUAUGAGUAUGUUUUUCCGACAAUUACACCAACAUGUUUUAUUACACUUCUACGCUUGUGUGGCUCACGCUCGUCCUCUGCCAGUUUUACAGACGCGGUCAUCAAUAUCCGAAAUCGUCACAACGAUGUGAUCCCGACUAUGGCUCAGGGCGUCGUGGAGUACAAGGAGACGUACGGCACGGACCCGGUGGUCAGCCAGAACGUGCAGUACUUCCUGGACCGGUUCUACAUGAGCAGGAUCUCCAUCCGCAUGCUGCUCAACCAGCACACGCUGCUCUUUGGUGGGAAGGUGAAGGUAAAUCCUGCACACCCCAAACAAAUCGGCAGUAUUGAUCCACACUGUCGAGUCAGUGACGUUGUCAAAGAUGCUUAUGAAAAUGCGAGAAACCUUUGUGACAGAUAUUACAUGAACUCUCCUGAGCUCAUACUGGAGGAGUUCAAUGUCACAGAUGAGGGCAAAGCCAUCACCGUGGUGUACGUCCCGUCUCACUUGUACCACAUGGUGUUUGAACUUUUUAAGAACGCCAUGCGAGCCACCAUGGAGCUGUACGGCGACGCCAUGGACUACCCCCCCAUCCGUGCUCAGGUGGCCUUGGGAACAGAAGAUCUGACUGUUAAGGUGAGCGAUCGUGGAGGGGGCGUGCCCCUGCGUAAGAUUGACAGGCUCUUCACGUACACGUACUCCACGGCACCUCGACCGAGCCUCGAUGGGCGGGCUGCUCCUCUGGCUGGUUAUGGCUACGGCCUCCCCAUCUCUCGACUCUACGCCCGCUACUUCCAAGGGGACCUGAAGCUCUACUCCCUGGAGGGCUACGGCACAGACGCCGUCAUCUACAUCCGGGCGCUCUCCACCGAAUCCAUCGAGAGGCUGCCGGUUUACAACAAAUCGGCGUGGAAACACUACAAGACCAUGCACGAGGCCGACGACUGGUGCGUGCCCAGCCGAGAACCUAAAGACAUGAGCACAUUUCGUCGCUUCUAGAAGCCUGUCUUGCUUGAGUGACUGUGAUUGUUAAGAACUUGGAACUUCUUAGACCUGUUUUUAUCUUUGUUCCUUAGGAUCAUGUGGACUCUUUUUAACAUGUUUUACGGUCGUGACAAUACAACUACCGUACUUUUGAUCAGUAUCACCAAUACCAAUGCCGUGCUUCUCUUUCUCUAGCUCAGUCUCCAUAAUGUGGAACACAUUAUGAAAGGCAGAUGUUUUUAAUGUUUUACACAAUGCAAGUUUCAUAAUGUUACAUUUUAAGCUGUUUUCUAAGUACAAAUGUUCUCCAUCUGCUCUGCUUUAAGGCUGGCGACAAGACCACACCACCUAAAAUAUACAUUUCAUUUCAAGUCCUCAUAAUAAACUUGGAGCUGGUUACAGUUGA